ACCCAACCGUCCCGCAGCAGCCUCCUCGUUUCCGCUUCUCCUCUCUCGAUCCCCGCAUCCCCUCCCACCGGCCACCGCAGCUCCCCUCCAAUCUCGCCAUGAACGGAGGAAUAUCACUGCCGGCCCUCCUCCCCUCUCUCUACUCCACGGCGAGGAGCCUCAAACCCUAGGCUCCGACUUUACAGAGGAGCAGGAGGCCAAGCUCAGGACUGUUCCGUCCAAGACGGCGGCUAGCAGACGUGUCCGGCCAACACCAUCUUCUUCACGGGCACCGGCGUCCUCGGGGUCCGCCGCACCACUGCAUCUCCGGCCGGCUCUCCUCCUCCUUGCUCCGCAUCUCGGAUGCCCUCCUCCGAUGGCAGCAGCAGCUGCGGGGAGUGGGGCGUUCUGGUGGGGGGACUGAGAGGUUGAGCCGUGCUUCAUCUCACAAGGAGAGGAAGGGCCGAAGGGGGCAUGCUCAACGAGAAGCUCAUCCAGCCCCAGCCUGCAAAAGGGUCUUAAAAUGGCUACAGACUAUAGAUGCGCAUAUCACUUGAUUGAUUCUGUAUGGAUUCCUCACAGAGUAUACUAAAGGGGAAGUGCGAAAGAAUGUUUGGACUGUGCCCAAUUAGACCUGAAUGGUUCCUCUGACAAACGAAUUUCUACAGGACAUUGAUGCACGCUUGAGUUUCUUUCUAGUUAUGUUUCUUGGAGUUGAGAAAGAAACAUUCAGAUUGAAAGAAAUUCAGGAUACACAUUCUUAGCAAGAUGGAGGUCCCUUCAGUGGAGGUGACCAACGAUAGCCGCAACGAAGCAAAUGACAUGGUUGCUCAGUCUGGCUCCGGCGCUGCUGCUGCAGCCAGGCUAGCCGUGGCGUCGUGCGCAGCUGUCCCACCGGAUUCAACUACCCCGUGAUAUUUGGCCUCGGCUACACCCCCUCCGGUUUGCAGUUCUACUAUGAAAACUCGGAUCUGGAGUUUCCUUUUGGAGAAUUCUUAAUUUUUUAGUGCAGAAGAUGCAAAUGAAUGCACAUUAUGGGGCGUAGGGUGGUGACGGAAGUGGCUCAAUGUCAGCGCCGGAUCCAGCGACCCCGACUGUAGUUGCUCUGAGUACGAGGACUACCACUGACAAGGUUCCUGUUACAAGUUGGGUACUUUCUUGUUAUACAAGUUGGGUACUCUCUUAUCAAGUUGGGUUUUUAUUUAACCAAGUAUCUUGUCGAGGAGGUCAAGAUGGACAUCAACAAGCCUGAUACCGAUUAUUUAAUCGUGGAGCAUGCUGUGACCUAUGGCCAACUUACUGCCGUCAAGGACCUUCUUGAUCAUGGCGCUGAUCUGUAUCAUAAACGUUCAGGUUUGAUGUGCUGGAAUUUUAAAAGUCAUCUUAUGCUCAAAUGUGGGCACUAAAUUUACUGAAACUUAGUGUAGCAUGAAGGUUUGAUAUGAUUCGGUAUUGAGGUCCCUAGGUCACUUCCAUCAGUCAAGAAGACCUUGAAGAAGGAGUGUUUUUCAUGUUUGACUGUUCCCCACUACCUGCCACUGAGCUCCAGGAUCCGCAAGAUGUUAGCGGUGGCAGGGAGCGAGGGAUCGACUGUGCAACGGCGACAAUUGUCUCAGCUGGUGAGGGAAACAACACAGAAACAACAUAGAGACGAAAAAAGGCGUCCCUGUGGGGUUAUAUUCACAGUGGCAUGCUUUACUACAGCUUGCAGGUUUUUAUUUAAUGCGGGCUUGACCUGGAGCUUGCGGUCAUGCAUAUCAGCUGGUCAAAACUAUGAUUUGAGGGUGGAUCAAGCUUUUUCUGGUUUGAACCUUAUGCUGAUAAGAUCAGAAGCUUUAUUACCAUGAACUGCACACACUGGAUAAAUUUGAAGCCGAUCAGUCGAAGGAAAUUUCAUGAAGAAAAGUAGAUGCGAGCAGCUCAACGAGAUUAAUAUCCUUUCCAGUCAAGAAGAACAGAAAAUAUAGCUUUUUCCUGGUACUAAAGUUGUCAAGGAUAUGUGUAUCUUGCAUGGUGGCUCCGCUCUUUAUGCAUCAUUGGGCACAAGGCUAUCACUUAGGUUUUUUGUGAAUUUAUGAAAAAAUUGUGGUUCCUUUUAUGUUUUGUUGUUGCCUUCGAGCUUGUUUGUCCUUAUUUCUUUUCAACACUUCUCAUUGUAUUUGAAUGCAGCAUGACGACUGUCAGUGUUGUUCUUCACUGCAAUUUGUCGCUAAAGAAAGAAGACGAUGAACAAGACUAGGAAGGACAACCUAGAUGCUUUGUUAUACUUUGUACAUUAAUGUGGCCACUUCGGAGUCCGAAAGCGUGACCUAGAAAGCCAGGCCUGGUCCUACCGCGGUGCUUUCUCGUGAAGAUUGAAGUGCAUCAAGUCGCUUAAUGGAAUCCAUAAUCCCGGCACUAAUGGGCCGUGAUUAAUGGGAUUGGAACUAAUUUUUGACCUGUGAGCUGUUGACCCAAUUCAACACGGUGUUAUGUGUAGUUUCACGAGAUAGAAUGACAAGCCAUCAGCGAUCCGCACUACAGUUCAUCUGGACUGAACAUCAUCUCCAUCGCUAGUUCCCAACAAGCAGUUCAUCUUCUUCCCUCCAGCCUAGCUCGCACCAUAUGAGAGCCUUUGCUAUGAAAAUCAGCGGCAAUAAGGAUAAGGUUCAAUCUGUUGGAACCAAGUCAAUUGCUUCAAUGCUUAGGAGAAAACCUGAGGAUAUUGUUGAUGAAAGACGCUCCGGGCGUUCUCAAAGCAGCAUGGAGUCAAGCACAAAAACGGAGGCAGAGUUGCACUAUGUGGAUAUGCAGUGGGCAUUGUUCUUCUAUGAGUGUGGCAUACCUUUCAAUGUUGCAAGUUCUAGACAAUUUCAAAUUGCAAUAGAAGCAUCUUGUCAAUGUGGCUCGGGUUACAACCCUCCUUCCCCUUACAAGCUGCGGGAGCCAUUGCUUAGGGAUUGUGUGAAUGAAACAAAACUCUUGAGAGCGGAGCACGAGGCAGCAUGGAAGCAAUAUGGCUGCACACUAAUGUCAGAUGGAUGGUCGGAUAGAAGGGGACGCCACUUAAUCAACUUUCUUGUAAACAGCCCAGCGGGAACUUACUUCUUGGAGUCGGUUGAUGCAUCAAUUGAAUGCCAAGAUGCUCGGAUGAUAGCAGAUUUGCUUGAGAAGAGAAUUGAAGGUGUUGGAAAAGAGAAUGUUGUGCAAGUUGUCACCGAUAAUGGUGCUAACUACAAGGCAGCGGGCAAGAUUCUAAUGGAGAGGAUUCCUACACUUUAUUGGAGUCCAUGUGCAUGCCAUUGCCUGGACCUAAUGUUGGAAGAUAUAGGGAAGCUAAAAGCAUAUAAGAAGCCAAUUGCACGUGGUAGACGAGUCACUACUUUCAUCUAUAGGCAUGGAAGACUUCUUGCUCUAAUGAGGAAGGCAACCGGCAACGAGGAUCUUGUGAGACCCGCAGCCACUCGCUUUGCCACAUCAUGUCUUGCUCUUAAGAGUUUGGUUAAGCACAAGCAAGCUUUGAGGAGUCUAUUUACAAGUAGGGAGUGGGUUGCAAACAAAUUGGCCAAAACUACAGCCGGUUUGAAUGUGCAAGACAUUGUUCUUUCAGCGGAAUGGUGGCAUGCAGCUGAGGACUGCAUUAGAGUUACAAGUCCACUACUUCGAGUGCUUAGGAUUGCAGAUGGUGAUGAGCUUCCUGCCAUGCCAGAAAUUUCUGCACUAAUGACGGCUGCAAAGGAUAAGAUAAGACAAGCUUUUCCUCAACAAAACAAGCAAGGUUUGCUCAAGAUGGUCAUGACCAUUAUUGACAAACGUUGGGAGACUCAAAUGGAUCAUCCAUUGUAUGGGGCUGCUUUGUUUUUGAACCCUGGAAAAUACUUCUCUAUUAAAGAGAGUGGUGAUGAUGAACUUGUAGGUGAGCUAAGAAGUUGUUUCAAUGAUGUCCUUGCAAAAAUGGUAGCUGAUGUGCCCACUCGAAACAAGAUUGAUGCACAAGUCGUUCUCUAUGAGGACAAGCGACAAGGUUUUUCUAAUGUGAUGGCCAUCGAAAACAUGGGCAAAAGAAACCCUCUUGAUUGGUGGAGUUCAUAUGGUGGUCGAGCCAUUGACCUACAAAGGUUUGCAAAGAGGAUUGUUAGUCUUUGUGCAUCAUCAUCCGGUUGUGAGAGGAAUUGGAGUGCAUUUGAAUUUAUCCAUACCAAGAAAAGGAAUCGGUUACAACACCGAAUCUUGAAUGACAAUGUUUUUGUUUCAUACAACCGGAAGAACAUGGAUAGGUUUCAAAAGAGGCGUGAGAAGAUUGGUGACAAAAGCUAUGACCCUCUAAUCAUUGAUGAUUUUGAUUGGGGCAAUGAGUGGGUUGACCCAACAAUGCCUCCACCCCAAUGUGCUAGAGGGUGUCCCGAUGACAUUUCAUGGGAGCUUGUUGAUGAGGCUGUUGGUGCCAGUUCAUCGCUGCAAGGCCGCAAUUUUCCUAGAGGUGCAAGUGCAACCAUGGGAAGGGGUCCCUCAAAUGCCAACAUCCAGUACCAAAGGCAGCGCAAAAGGCCUGCUCCAACACGAUCAUAUGAGUCAGAUGAUCAAGAAGAUGACCAGGUACAACGCUCAAGUGAGCCCAAUGGAGAGGAUGAUGAUUCCGACUAUGUUGAAGAUGAUGUGGAUGUGACCGAUGAUGAUGAAGACCCAACUAGUGCUGACCAAGAUGAUGAGAACCAAAAUGCUACCAUGGAUGACUUCGAUGAUCACUUUUGAGACUUGGGAUUGAGAGUGCCAGCCUUGCUUAUGAUUUUAUUGUGUUAUGUGGAAGUAGAACCUAUUUUAUGUUGUUGUGAACCUAAUUUAUUGUGUUCUCUGGUUGUGUACUACACUACCACUAGACCUAUUUAUGUUCUGGACCA